AUGGACCAUAGCAACAGACAAUGGUUUUUUAGUGAUAAUCAAGUGGAAUAUUUAAGUGAAGUUAUUGAAUUUUUGGAGUUUGCUUUUAGAAAUAAUAAGGAUCAGAGUGUUCUAUGUCCAUGUUCAAAGUGUGUGAAUCGUUUUGAUAGGUCUAAAGAUGAGAUGUUUGACCACUUGGUGAUGAAUCGUACUAUAAAAAGUUAUGAUGUGUGGUAUUGUCACGGCAAAUCAUUGUCCACAGCUAAUUCCGAAAGUGUGAAUGUAGUGUUAGAAGACUCUAUAAGCAAUGCCGAAACUUGUGAUGGCGAUGAUAUGAUGGCAAUAUUGAGUGAUAUUUUUGGGAUCCCAACUGAAGUAAAACCUAUGAAUUUAGAGGAAAAUGAAACAACUCAAGAGGUAUUUGGUGGUGAACUUCUAAACAUUCCUCACCCUGAUGUUGAAAUUUUUAUUAAGUUGAUGCAAGAUAUUGAUAAAGAAAUGUAUCCAGGGUGCAAAAAAUAUAAUCGAUUAUCUUUUACAUUGCAAUUAUACAAUAUUAAGUGUAGAUUUGGUUGGGUUAACAAAUCAUUUGAUGUGUUGAUUAAAUUAUUAAAAGAUAUUUUGCCUGAAGUUGAGACUUUACCAAGUUCUUUCCAAGAGUCACAAAAGAUAACUGAAGGUUUCGGACUUUCUUAUGAAAAGAUAGAGGCAUAUCCCAAUGACUACGUACUAUUUUGGAAGGAGUAUGAAAAUGCUCAAGAGUGUCACAUAUGCCAUUCUUCUAGAUGGAAGGUUGAAAAAGAGAAGUCUGACAAUGCAUCUAAAUCCCAGAGGAAAAAAAAGAAUAUACCUGUUAAAGUGUUGCGUUAUUUUCCCUUAAAACCAAGGUUAAAGAGACUAUUUAUGUCAUCGAAAAUAGCAAGUGAAAUGACAAGCCAUAAAACAAAGCAUAUAGAUGAGGAUGGUGUUCUAAGGCAUCCUGCUGAUUUGGAAUCUUGGAAAAGUUUUGACAAAAAUUUUAAAGAAUUUAGUAUUGAGCCUCGUAAUGUGAGAUUAGGGCUUGCUAGUGAUGGUUUUAGUCCUUUUGCUAGGAUGGAUAGCAAAUAUAACAUUUGGCCUGUUAUUUUAAUACCUUACAAUUUACCCCCGUGGUUGUGCAUGAAAAAAGAAAACUUUAUAUUGUCUUUAUUAAUUCCUGGCCCUAAAGCCCCAGGUAAUGACAUUGAUGUAUACUUACAACCACUUGUUGAGGAAUUAAAAGAAUUGUGGGAAGUUGGUGUACCUACUUAUGAUGCUUCAAGUGAAGAAGUUUUUCAAAUGCAUGUAGCAUUACAUUGGAUAAUAAAUGAUUUUCCUGCUCUAGAUGAGGCCACAACAUCUAUGCCACCUUCGAGAACAGAAGUGUUGAAUCAAUUGAAAAAUAUAAGUUUCACUUUAGGGAAGGAGAACAUCCCACCAACCGGUGUUCCAAUGCAUACAUGA